UUUUGUUAAUAGAAUGUGUCAUGUAUCAAAAUAUUGUAAAAAUUUUUAGUUAAAAUAAAAUAAAAAUUUAAAAAUACAAUAAACAUUUUAAAAUUUUAAAAACAGAGAAACAAUGAAAAAACGGCUCUGUAAGUGUCCACCAAAAUUGCAGCAAGCGUGCAAGGCAAAGCAAACCGAUUGCAAAGAUGUUUCCGAAAUCAUUGAGGCUCUUACAUAUCAAGCUGAAUGUUCAAAAAAGGAGAAGAAAUCUAAACCACCUACAUUUAAAACAAAACCAUUCAAGCCGAGGCAUUAUAAGGACACAUGUGUUCCCAUGGCGCCCUCUAUGCAUACUAGGUUAAGAUACAUAGGUCAUUGUUCGGCAGAACCGCCUUCUAGAAGAUCUGAAAACGUGAAAAGAAAGAGAUACCCCGGGAUAGAGUCUACAUCGUCAUCAGACGAAGGAAGUGGCAUCUUAAGAAAAAGGAAGAAAAAAGAAAGUAAAAAGAAAAGGGUGACAUACUUGGAUUUGGUACCCGCUGAUAUAUCUUUACCUGUUCCGCCUCCUAUAGUGAAACACACGUCAUCUGACAAAGAGAUUUUUAAUGUCCCUAGUCCUAAAACGAGUGGCGAAGUCAUUAGUGCUGCAAAGACUGUCGUCAAACUAAAGGAUCAUAAGCCGCCAUUACCACCGAAUGCGGGUUAUGAAUUGUUUAAGCCACACAGUGGUAUAGUAAUAAACAGAGAUAAAUCAUUUGUUCCUGAUGCCGUGUACGCGCCUGGUCCGAGAAAAAUCAUUAGUGAUAAGCCGAGAAAACCGUGCCAUAAAGGAGGGAUGUGCUUAAGAAAAGACUGUCCAAGGAAGAAAUGCAGAAAGUUUGCAGCUAUGCACAGAAGAAAACAAUGUUUCGGCAAAGAAAGAAGGAUGGCUGAGGUCCCCUAUACAACUUUGGGAGUAACUGACGGAAAGCCAAGAGCGAGAGGGACACAGAAGCAUUUAAAGGAUGAUGACUCAGUCUGUGGCUUAGAUGAGAUUCCUAAACCCGAACAUGUACACAUACCGGCGAAUCUUAAAAGGGGUACACUAGAGACACAUUCCUUGACCGUCCUGCCUUGUACCAAAGAAAGAAAGCCUGACGUUCAUUACGGCAUUUUGACUGGAUCGUUCAAUAUGUAUGAUACAAAAUUCGGCGGACGUUCAAGAGGCAGACAAGCUCUCACGAUGAGCGUCAUGGCAUAUUGUUUAGCGUUUCACUAUCAUCCAAAACAAUGGACCAUGAAGUUAAUUGAUAAUUUAAUAGAUGCCGGGGAUCAGUGGUACGUGCAAUGUUUGGAUAAAGUCCACGAUCAUUCCGCGGUUCAAGGGAUCUGUGAGGUUCUACCUUUUGGGAAGAAACAGACGUUAAUACUGAAUGGAAAGCGAAUGCAAGUGCUAUUAGGAGAACCCGAAAUUGUUGGCUACACAAUGUCACUUGAUCCAACAGUUUAUAAUCUUUGUCGUGGGCUUAAAGCAUUUUUUAAGGAUAAUCGGGCCGGCGUCGUGUUGACCAGAGUGAUGAAAGUUGUAAUAUGGAGAGACAAAGUUUGUUAUUACAUAUUCGAUCCGGCCGGAAGAGACUCCAGAGCCUACUCGAACUUCUCCAACGGUUGUUCCGCUUUAAUAAACGUGAAGGAUCUACCGGCGGUCGCAGACGUCAUUCUGGCUCGCAGCGUUGUUGAUGACCAGAAAUUUGUACUCGCCCCCGUAAAAGUGCUGAAAAUGAUCGACGAGAAAUGCGACGAGGAUUUCGAAUCCGAUAAGGAGUUAACCCAAGCCGAGAAAGCGAUGAUGGGCUACAGGAUUUUGAAUGAGAAUUGCGCCAUCGUGAAUGCUAACAUGCAUUUGGGGGAUCGGUGUUUUGAAGACGCGAAGUUUCGUCAGGCGAUACCCAUCGCGGUUGUGGCUAUGACGUACGCAAAAAUAUCACCCCCUAACACGUGGUUCUCGAAGACAUUGGACAAAGUCUUACGUCUGGGCAACAAACUGUACAUGGAUUGUUUACACCCGAAAGUUAUGAUCGACAUGACCAUCGACAAUAUUCCGAAUGAAGUAAUCGUUGGGCCGUAUUCGUGCGAAAUCAUUAUUUAUAGAGAACGCGUGAAGGGACAAUUGUUUACGACGAAAGAGUGCAUUUUUAAUAUCAAGUCUGGAUUAGAAGAUUUCUUCAGCCACGAGUACAACAGUGGAAUUUUAGAUUUCAAUAACUACGCGUUAGCCGUGUGGAGACAGAAAGAGAUGUACUAUCUCUUCGAUCCUUAUCCUCGGACUAACGACGGUUUGAGGUCCGUGAACAAUGGGAAAGCGUGUUGCUGGAUGUUGCUAAACCCAGAGGCGAUGGCGUCUGUGUUUACCAGAAACUGGGAUUAUAUGCCAGCCACGACACAGUUCUAUAUACAUGCGUUUAAAGUAUUGAAAUUGAAAAAGAGGGAGGCAAAGACUCAAAUCGUGUGUACCCUAAGUGAUGAGCAGUUACCGGGGGCGAAAGGGAAAUCGAAGAGAAAAGUUCUGCCCAUGAGCAAGGCUCAAGGUGAUGGGAAGGAAGUGUUUCACGACGUUAUGCCGAGGGAAGAUUUUGAACUACCACAAACAGGGCCUCAAGAUGAAGAGCAAAUGGGAGAUAUUAUAUCGUUAGUGGACAGCAUUCAAGAGGAUUAUCUACCGCCUAUUCCACUCAGGUAUAAGAAUGCUGCCCCGGAGCCGCUUGAAGAAAAAGUUGUGAACCUGGACUCUCCUACGGUGUCUGUGACCCAAGUGGUGCCUCCGUGGCCGAAGCCCCGGGACAAGAGCAACGACGUUCCGGAGCCCGACCCAGAUCCGGAGCCUACGCCCCCGCCUACACCUCCGCCGGCACCGCCGCCGGAAGGAGGAGCAGAAGAGGAGGAAGAGAUGGGCGAGGAGGAAGAAGAUGAAGAGACUAUGAAAAGAAAGAAAGAGGAAGAAGAGAGAAGAAAGGCUGAAGAAGAGGAAGCCAGAAGGAAGGCUGAGGAAUUGCCGCCACCGCUUCCCCCGCCGCCGCCCUCACCGCAGCCAGAACCUGAAGUACCGUUGGCUCCAGCCGAAGUGGUAGAAGACGAGGUCCAAACCCUUCCCGCAACCAACGUGGACCGUCACAUUCUACUAACAGAGGACGCGCGUUACCGUUCAAAAUUACGCCAACUCCGCAAGAAAAUGACCCAGCCUCUCGCUGAAGAUCAAUUAGAAAUCAGUCCCGACGAAGAGCUGGCCAAACCUAGCAAUUUCAAGAAUCUACCGGACAACACUCAAAUCGUGAGAGGAACGUCGGCCAUUAACGAUACGAAGACCUUGGAUGUUUUGCCGUUCGCUGCGAUAAUGGCGAUUGUGACGUCAUACAAGUACAGUGUGAACACGUGGACCGUUGGUAUUGUCAACUUUGUCGUGGAUACAGCGAAGAAACUCCAUGAGAAUAAGCAGCAGAAGUUUCAGCUCGCCCCUGUUCAUGUUAUACCGAAGAUUGCUAUUGGACAUCAGGCAUAUAGCGCAGUUAUCGACGUAGUAGGCGAAGGUCCGACUUGGCAACUGGAAAACACGUUGAACAACAAAUUCUUCUAUAGAGGUGACCGUGGAAUGGUUACGACCGCUACAUACAGCUGUGCAUUUUUCAAGAAAAAUGGCCUUUUUUAUCUAUAUGAUGGCAGUUCUUGCAAUCCCAUGGGUUUGAGGGAUCUGUCUGGGAAAGGAAAGGCGUGUUUGUUACGAUUUAGGAAUCUCCACGAUAUGGUGGUGAGGAUUUCGUAUAACAAAGAUGGCAAAAAUCCUGAGCAGCAGUUUGUUUUGAGCAAAAUUAUCGUACGGAGACUUUUGACUGAACCGCGUCUACAAUUACCAGAAGAUUACGACUUUGAAACCGGCAGACCUAAGUCUGAAAAAUCCAAAAUGUCUAUCGUAGACUCAAAAAAAAGCUCUUCUGAUAAGAAGAAAUCCUCUAUUGAUGCAGAACCAAAAAGCGAAACGGCAAUCGGAUACCAAAUAAUCAAUGGAAUAUAUAGGAUAGAAGGAACGACGUCACUAAAGGAUAAAAAGGCAUCUACAGAUGUUAAAGCAUGUCAUUUUGUUUGUCUCAUCGCGAUGUUACUGGCAACUAUGCACCCGAUAAGAACAUGGGAUCAUUUACUAGUCGACACGUGUAUAGAAAAGGGUUUGGAGAUAUUCGAGAAGGCAACGAAUAAAAGCAUUUGCGAGAAGAGAGUUAUUAAGAACAUAAUUCUAGAUGGAAAAUUCAUUAACGUGAACAUAAAGAAGAUUCUCGUCGUCAACGAAAAUCCAGAGAAACGCCUUGACCAGUACAUAAGAGCGGUUCUGAAGCGGCUUCGCUACGUUUUAGUUAGGUUUUCCUCCUGCAAUGUUGUAAUUUGUCAAAGCGAAGGCUACUAUCACCUGUUCGAUCCAUAUCCGCCCCCAUCUGAGAAAACAGAACCAUCCGAAGCUGAGAAAAAGAAGGCAGCUGAAACGGGUACUUCUCUGAAGACUGCGGCCUCAGUGGCUGCGUGGACCCUUUACCGAUCUGUGGAUGCUGUCGUCGCACGACUCAUUCUAAUUGCUACAGACCCUAACUCGCCCGAAUUUUAUACUUUCGAGUUGACAUCCGUCAAAACUGCUCCAAGGCAUUCCGCUUUGAAUUACCGGUUGAGUCCCCUUUUCAAACCAGACGAAAAUCCAAAUACACCCUAUUUAAGACGAAAACGAGUGCGACCUUUAGUAGAUGAGAAAAUGUAUUGGUUGAAUAUCGAAUCGAUUCCGUGGUCUCGUAUGAACCCUGUCAACGAUUUGGGUUUCGAAAGAAAGACUCCAAAAGCGAUGUGGAAGGACUGGGAUAUCGAAUUUCCUGGCGAUUUGUAUUCGCUUUGGGGCUCAGUGCAUCCUAAAGACAGCAAAUUUGAAGAGAUGCACCGUGGACAGCAAUACUUAGCCACCUGUGUUGUCGCACUGGUUAUGACUCAAGCAUGUAGUCUGAGCGCUUGGACUGGUAGCUUUCUUGAUGGAAUUGUCGAAAACGGCCACAACUAUCAUACAAAAUGCCAUACUAAAAUAAGCGGGCAACAGAACCAAGAAAUCACACUAGAAUACCUUGACACAAGUUAUGAUGAUAUGUAUCCCUACUCAUUCUCAUUCAAAUUUGAUAAAGUCAUAUUUGGUUUUGUUUACAAUAUUCAGCCAGACCGUUUUAAUUUGAGUAAAGCAUUGGUGUACUUUUUUGAAAAGAAUAGUAAUGGUAUAUUAAUAAGUCCAGCAAAAAACUUGGCUUUUGGGAGAACUGAUACGUCAUAUUUUAUGUUUGACUGUCAAAGUCAUGGCGCUCCGGUAUUUUGUCCUGGUCAGGGGUCUUCAUACAUUUUGAAGUGUGAGAGUCUCAACCGUCUUAUAUAUUGCAUUGCAAUUACUUUAAAUAUUAGGCGACAUGGGCAACAGUUUCAUCUAUUUAAUAUAAAUGUUACACUUACAGAAAAAUCUAAAUAAAGUAAUGUUUAAA